UGACACACAAAAGGACAUUUUCUAAAAAAUGUAAUCACAAUUUGUUUCCUUGUAAUCAACAAUUUAAGUAGGUAACGUAAGUAAGUACUUUGAUUCUAGUUAAUUUAUCUUUGUUGCUUGUCACUUUGCUCUUUAAGGUUACUGUUAUCACAACUUAAUACUACAACAUUUCGUGUUUAUUCAUUUGUUGAAGAUACUUUUACUGAUAUAAAUAAUAGUCAUAGUAGAACAGGUUUCAAUCGCAUUUAGGGUGCCAUUAAGUUCACGGUUAAUUUAAAAAUGAAGUGCGUACUUGCAUUGAGUGUUUUCGUGCUUAUUGCAAUUUCUUCGUGUUUUGCUAAUGACCUAAUAAUUGGGACCAGCUACAAUGCCCGCUUGUCGUGGCAGCACAAAGCAGAAUACAUGGGUAUCCCAUUCAAGAAGAGAGUGAAGGAAGUUUUCUACUCUGAUCCUGGUCAACAAAUAAUUAAGGGCAUCAUAGCGAGAGAUAUCGACCACACGUCAGGCAGCGCUACAGUCACCGCCGGUGGUGUUGGUUUCAGUUUCGCCAACAUUCGUCUUAAGAGUGAACGUGGCAGCGGACUUAAUUACCAAAUCGAGAUAUAUGUAUAACAUUUGAUUGAUGUCAGUUACUAUCUUCCUAUUCUAAAUAAACAAAGGUC